AUGUACUACCUCAGCACGACACCUCGCCCAUUGCUAGCGCUGUUUGUGAUGAUUAAUCGGAUCCGUCCGAAGAGCGGCCAGCGACCACAGCGAAAUCUGAAUUGCCUCUCAACGGUUAGCACGCAUCAUGUGUGCAGAUCGGAUCGCCGUCCUCGUGUAGCGCUGGCGUUGACAAUGGCUACGUCUCGUGAGUCUGCGGUGAUCAUUCACAACAGCUACAAGGCGCGGCCGUGCGUUCCGCUGACGCCGCCGUUGUGUGCUAUAUUUAUUAUACACCUAGGUGCCAAGUAA